AUGGACUUUAAGCGAUAUAUAGAUGAAUCAUUAGAAAAGAUGUACAAACAAAUUUAAUAAUAUAUAUUUCAAAUUUAAAAAGAAAAAUAAGAAUUACAAGAAUAUUCAUUCCAAUCCACUUAUUUAGAGGACCUCAAACAGUUAUCUAAUUUAUAUUCUUAAGACCAGCAACAAUCAACUAAAUUAAUUGAUGAUGAUAAUUUCAUUGAUGUAAUAGUAAAACAAUUUGAAUUGCUUUUUAACAAUGCUGAAUAUUUUUAGACCUUAGACACUUUCAAAAAUACAAAAUAAACAAUUCAAGAUUUGAUUUAAACCAAUUUUGUUGAAUUACCACCAUAAAGUUUAAAAAAAAGUGAAUCUGUAAUUUUGAAUUAUUACUCAAUAGAAAACACCAAGCUUGAAUAGAGUUUGCCCAAAUCACAAAAAGGAAAUUAUAAUGAUUGACAUGGAUUCUUAAAAUAAGUAGAUUGAAGAUAGAUUAGUCUGUGUUGAUUGUAUAUAUGAGAAUCCAUCAAUUAAAUAUUAAACAGUCGAAAAUUUGAAUAAAUAAUUGAUGGAUUAUAAGUCUGAAUCUGAGAAAAUGUUAUAAGAGUUUAGAUAAGAAAAAAAGGCGAAAAACUCUGAUAUAUUCAAUUAAAUUGGCUUAAUGAGAAAAAAUUAUAAUUCAAAACUGAAUGAAAUUAGUGAGAAACUAAUAUUAUAAUAAUUUGGAUAACAUUAUAAGGGCAUAGAAUAAAAUCCAAGAAAACAGAGUUCUAUAUAAGGUUUAGACGAAGAAUUAUUAAAUGACUUGAAAUCAUUAAUUGGAAGAGAAAAACCUUCAUAAAAUUUAUUAUUAGCAACCCAAAAAAACCAAGAUUCAAUUUUUAAAAAAGAAAUUGAAAAUCAAUUAGAGCCAUUGAAAUAGUAUGAUUAAUAAGAUAUUUAAUAAUCGUUAGAUAUCCUCAAAGAUGUUUCAAGUAAUACAAUAUUAUUAUUUUCUUAUUUUAGUUGAAAAAAAUCUGAUUUUGCAAUUAUCAGAUAUUAUUUCAUAAAUUUCAAAAUUUGAGUAAAAAAAGGAUGAUACUUAUGAAAUUAUAAAGGAUACCUAAGAAUUGAUUGAAUAAGCCAAAAAAUAUUAAUGCUAAAUAAAUUUAUUUGAAUAGACUAUAACUCUAUAUUAAUAACAUGCAAGUAAUCUUAAUUAGGUUUAGUAAAAAUCUUAAACCAGACUAAAAAUUAAGUUAACUCGUCUGAAUAAUUACAGGCUUAAUAUUAAAAUCUCUCUAAAUCUUUGAAUGAUUACAUAAUAAAUAUGGAUAAUAAAAGUAAAUAAAUGAAGAAAUUUUGCUGCAUUUAAAAAUUAGAAAAUGACUUAGUCAAAUAUGUAGAAAUGAAUCAAAAUUUGGAAAAUGAAAGUAAAUUUAAUAAAUAAUAAAUAGAAAUAAAUCUGCUUUAAUAAAUGACAAAGUCAUUGGAUUAGAAGCAAUAGGAACAUAAGGAAGAAUUAGCAAAAUAGCACCUAGAAAGUAUUUCUAGUUUAAUUACAUAGAAUAAAGAGAAAUCAAUGAGAUCGAUGAAAAAUUAAAAUUAAAUGAAAAAGAAAACUCACAUUACAAAUAAUUAUUUGAUUAACAAACUUAAGAAAUAGCAGAUCUAAAACGAUAAAAUGAAGAGGAUAAAUAAAAGAUUAUAAAGACUUUAGAAGAUAAAAGUAUAAUAUUUUAAUAGUUUAAUAGAGUGCAAUGAAAUCGCUGAAAUAAAUAAAAAAAUGAAUUAGAAGGAAUUAGAAUUAAAAUUAGUUUAAAAAUAACUUGAUUAAAUUAAUCAAGAUAAGUUAGAAAAAGAAAGCAUCUAAAAAUUAGAAUUAAUAAAAGUAAUUAUUAUAUUCAUUAAAAUAAUGAUAGAUGUAUGAAUAUAGUGGAUAAUUAAUAUUUUCAAAUACAUGGAAGGGUGGAAAUUGUUAAGUAAGUGAAGGUGGAAAAGUUUUUGAAAAUAAUAACAAUGUAAAUUAGUAUUGUCUUUGCGAAUAAGUAAUUCCAAAUACUGGGAAAAUAUUAUUUGCUUUCUAAAUGCUUAGUGGAUCUAACUUUCUGGUUGGAAUUGGAUUUAAAGAUAUAAUAUCCAAAAAUAAUUAUUGUUCUGCAGGAGUUGGUUAUGGGUAUUAAUCCAAUAAAUUAUUAAUAGAUCAUAUUUGAUUUCAUUUGAUGGAAAUAUAUACUCUCAUCAUAAUAAUAAUAUAAAUAGUAAAAAAUUAUCAUUUACUUUUACCACUAAUGAUAUCAUAAUAGUUGAAGUAAAUAUUGAGCAUAAAUACAUAAAAUGGAUAAAAUAAAAUAAUCAAUAAUAAGCAAUAACAAUAACAGUAAAUAUCAAAUCUAUUAUUACUAGUAACAAAUUGAUACAUCACUGACAUAAGAAUUAUAUCCAUGUGUGAAUGCAUGGAACAAUUCCAAAAUUAAAAUACUUGAUAAAAUUCCCAAUUUGAAUUGA